AACUCCUUAAGGUCAUGGAUCGUGUUCCUACUCAUCUAGGUGCCGUCCUCCACUUCCAAAGGCAGCCUCAGGGGGAAGUGACUGCCCUUCAGCUGUGGAGAUUACUGUUUUACGAGCCUAUGGGCCCAGAUCUUGGGGUUUUUCACGAGAUCCAGAAAUCAGGCCUGAUUUGGGGUUCAGUAGGCUUUGCUCUGGUUGGCAGGAUUGGUGCUCAGUGUUCCAGGUGGGGCCUGCAAGCGGGGAGGUGAUAGCCACUUGCUCCACUGCUUGCCCCAGAAAGGCCUCCCCCCUUUGCCUUUGUCUGUUGUGGAAAUGCCCCUCUGGCUCUGAUGACCAGACCUCUGGGGCAGAAAUCCCCACAGCCCCACCACCGAGGCUGCUCAGAGGAAGCCAGCUGCUCAGCCUCUGGGUCCAGAAAAAACCCCGAAGAAAAACCCUGUCCAAACUGAGAUAGGACCUUUCCCUAAAGGGAUGUGACGAUUGUUUCCAAAUGACUGCCCCCUCCUAGCUUCAGAGCUCUCAGCUUCCUCUUCCAUUAUGAGUGACAGUGAUGAUGACCAUAGGGGCCCAGUAGCAGGUGUCCCCUUGGGAAUAUUAGCAGCCUCACCAGAAAAAGAUGAUGAGGCAUGUGGCAGCCAGGAACACAUGCAGGGCAGCUUCCAGACUGCCCCGAUAGUCCCUUCCCACCCCGGGACCUAAUAACCAAGAGCUGCCAUGCGUUUAACACCUACCCUGUGCCAGCAGGCUCAGGGCUUUGAAACUCAUCCAGCACCACGGCUCUGCCAGGUGGGCGUCGUUAUCUCCAUUAAAAGACUGAAGCUUAGAGACCUUAAGCAGCUUGCCCAAGGUCGCACCAAUCUGCUUGACUCGGCUUGUCUGCACCCCCAUAUCCCAUACGAUACAGUCGGGGAUGGACAAGGAGGACCUAGACACUAACCCACUAAGUUGUUUUCUUAAAGACCUGAACAAAUCCAUGGAGCAGGCCUGUCAAGGAGAAGCUACCCACCUGACCUUGUAGGCAUUUGAGCUUCUCUCACCCUGUGAGAUACUCUCCCCAGAUGUGCUCAGUGUGUGGCAGGGGCAGAAGCUGGAAGACAGAGAACAGCUUGGGUGAGUAGCUGGGGACCAUUAAUGGCAGAGAGUAAAAACUCGACUUGCUGCGAAACCCCAGACAGUAUCCAGGGCUAGAGCCGGUGGAGGUGCAUCUCCAUUCCAGACCUGGAGGCCUCUCAGCUUCCCUGUUGUCCUUAGUUCUUAGUCCCACGGCUUCCUCCAUGCUUAAGUCCUGUGACUUGAGGGUACCUGAGCAUGUCUUUAUUCCUUGAGCCCUGGUGCGGGCGCACCAGAAGGGCAAUCGGUUGGUCCCCUGACAUACCACCCUAAAGGAUGUUAGGAGUUGUAGCGCCAGAAAAAUCUCCCCGGGAAGCUGUUGCCUCGAAACCGGGUGGCUGGAGUGGUCUCUGCAGCUCCCCCUGCUCUGGCCUUGCAUCCUGUUGUCUGAAGCAGCUGAGCUGCCUCUGUCUUCUGGGCAAGAGGCGGGGGGGCUCCUAGGAUUGACACUGCUGGCUGGAGCCUACCUGUCCCUUGGGAAGCCGGGCACCAGUCUAACGGGGGGUCAGACUUUGCUCUCAGGGCUCAGGCAGGACAUGCUUGUCAGAGGUGCCUUCCUAACACAGCCCUUUCCACAGCCCACUUCUCCCUUCCUCACACCUCAGUUUCCUCAUCUAUAAAAUGAUGAAUUUAGACUAGCUCAGUAAUUUAAAAUGUUGUGGCAGCAGAACUAAUUUUUUAGACAUCUGUACCAAAGUCCAAUAUUCACAACAUAAAAAUUUUUAUUUUGAUUAUUAUUAUUUCAAAUUUAUAAGAUGUACUUAUUAAGCAGUUAGUAAGUGCUCUGAGGCUGUUAGGAUGAACGGGAUGGUUGCUGAUUUACACCAACCUGUGCUUCUAAUUCAUUCUCUUACCUGUUUUUGGUUGCACAAUGAGAAAAUCAGGAAAAGCCUGAUCACAGAGUUAGUAGUUGGAGUAACUAAUGUUUGUUUGUUUGUUUGUUUUUAAGCUAACCUUGCAACCUCAGGAUACUGAAAAAGGAAUAGAAGAAUUUGCUUUUGUUGUUUCAGAGAUGAAUCAUUAACAAUAUAUUGGACGGACCAUAUGUAAUUGGCAAAACCCCACAGUUUUGGCCUGCAAAAACAGCGAAUUCGUAUAAUUCAGUCGAAUAAGAAUAGCUAAUGUUUAUUUCCUGUGUGCCAGGCCCCAUGCCAAACACUUUGGAAGCAUGAUGUCACUUAGUCUACACACAACUCCCCGUGGUACAGGUCUGAAUGAAAUGCUGUGGAAUAAGGAGCUGCAGGUUUACUACCAAAUGUUUUACGAGUCAGGUGCAUCAAAUCUCCCUCUAUAAAUGGGGAUGAAAAUCCACUGAUUUGAGACUUCUCAGGAACAGCUGAAAAUCAAGUAAGUGAAUGAGGUGGAUGAUGGUCUUCAGAGAGAGAGAGAGAGAGCGAGAGAUAAGAGUCUAACUCUGAAGGUAGGAAGAGGAUUUCUGUUGUUAUCCCUCUGCAGGCCUUCCUGUAACCCUUCAGCAACCCUGCUCCCUUCCGGCCUCUUUCCCAGGCCUUCCCUCCUCUCCCUAGCCUUUUCCCAACAUCCCCCUCCCCCAUUGAUUCAUACAGUCUUUCAAUCAACAAUGCUUCUUGUGAGCAUCUACUACAUGCUUGGCACCAUGGUGGCAAAACCCUGACAAGAGACCAUGCCCCUGGCUCACUGGUACUGAGUCUGGGGCCGAGUUGGGGACACCAGGGAGAAACAAUAAACAAACAGUAACAGUAAUAUUGGAAUGAGUGCAGAGACAAGGUGCUAUGAUAGGAUGGUCAGGAAGGAAGGUGUCUAUGAGAAGGUGAGUUUUAGGCUAAGAAUUAGAAGUUUUAGGCAAAGCCCACCAGGUGAAGAGUAAGGAAAAAGUGUUGCAGGGAGGGAUUCCCUGGUGGCACAGUGGUUAAGAAUCCACCUGCCAAUGUAGGGGACACGGGUUUGAUCCCUGGUCUGGGAAGAUCCCACAUGCCGCAGAGCAACUAAGCCCGUGCGCCACAACUACUGAGCCUGUGCUCUGGGGCCCACGAGCCACAACUACUGAGCCCGUGCACCACAACUACUGAAGCCCACGUGCCUGGAGCGCGUGCUCCACAACAAGAGAAGCCAUCGCAGUGAGAAGCCCGCGCACCGCAACGGAAAGUAGCCCCCACUCGCCGCAACUAGAGAAAGCCCGCAUGCAGCAAUGAAGACCUAAGGCAGCCAAAAAUAAAAAUUUUAAAAUUAAAAAAAACCCCACAAACGUUCUAAAAAAAAAAAAGUGUUUCAGAGAGAUGAAACAGUGAGUAUAAAUGUCCUGAGGCAGAAAGAGUUCGUUAGGUUUGAAGAACUGGAAGAAUGUCGCUGUGGCUGGAGCCCCAUGCAUGAGAGGGUAGGAGAGAAAAUGAGAGAUGGGCUGGGUCAUUUAGAGCUGUGUAGACUAUGGUGGGGAGGGCGGGUUUUGUUUUAAGCACAACGUGAAGCCUUUGGACGGUUUUAAGCAGAUGCCUUGACGGUCUGUGCUACUAGGUAGAGAGUAGACCUUGUAUGAGGGAGAGAGGCAAGGAAAAACAAGAGAGGUCCAUUAGAAGAUGUGGCAGUGUUCUGGGUGGUAGGAAUAGAGACAGAGGCAGACCUUCAUUAGGAUGGGCGACCAAGAAGUUUAGAGGUUUGAGGGUCCUAGAAGAGGACUCCCUGAACAGCAGACAAGGAGAGCAGGGUCCCUGACUGAUGGGGCCCUAGAGAACAAGGGAGGUAAUGAAACACCAGCACUUCUCCUCAUGGUGGAUCGUUUCCCUUCCAGGAGGUUUCAGCUUCCUGAUUCUGAGGCCCCUGUGAGAUGGAAUUUGGCGGGGGGAAAGUGUGGAACAUAGUAUUGGUGAGACCUGCUUGCCCCCUUAUGGGGUCAUCCUCUCAGCCUCUCUCUGGGGGCAGAGCUGGGAAUGGGGAGUUUCUGCUCCAGCUCAGAAACACCUCUGCACUAGCAAGGGAGGGAGGGAGUCAGUGGUCCCCCAACCCCAGUUCCUAAGACAGGUUCUCUGCUCCUUCCCACCAUCAAGCUUUCUGCUGGGGUGAGCUCUGGGAGGCAGGGGCCUCGCCUUCCUCCACUGCCCCCCAAGACUAUCUGGGGAGGAGUCAGUGGAGUGGAGGCUUGUGCUGAAUGGGAAAGCUCCCUUAGGCGGGUGGGGGAAGAGCGCUGAGAGGUGGGAGCAGAAGCCUCUCCUAGCACAGGAGGUGAGAGAGUUCUGGAUUAAAUCCCGUCACACACCCAGAAAGACUCUGCCAGAAGAGUGGGCAAGGGCAGCCUCGUGCCACUUCCCACAGUCCCUCUUCCCCAUCCAUUGCCCUGCAUACCAACAUCACCCACCUGUGUUUCCAGGAUGAGCCCACAAACUACCAUUUUCCUAAUACCUACUCUGCUGAGGGCUUAGCAGGCAUUAUCUCACUCAGUUUUCGUACACUCUCCUGAAGGAGGCAUAUUAUCUCAAUUUUGCAGAUGAGCACAGAUCUACACAGUUGGGGAAACCCAAGCUGUCUGACCGCUAAAGCAGAGCCUCUGUCCCUACACUGCCUCUCCUCCGCCUGAUGAAGGUUUGGGCUGAAAGAUGAUUGAAAUGGAGGAAUGGAUUUUUAAAAUGAAUGAAUGGGGACUUCCCUGGUGGUCCAAAGGCUAAGAAUCCGCCUUCCAGUGCAGGGGAGGUGGGUUUGAUCCCUGGUCUGGGAACUAAGAUCCCACGGGCCGCGGGGCAACUAAGCCCGCACUCCACAACUAGAGAGACCGUGUGCUGCAACUAAUGAGCCCGUGCGCUCUGGAGCCCACGCGCUGCAACAAAGAGCCUGCCUGCCGCAAAGAAGACCAGAUGCAGCCAAAUAAGUAAAUAUUUUUUAAAAAAAUGAAUGAAUGGGGCCUACGAAUGCUGGGGGAAGGGGGACAUCAAAGCCAGAGUGCGUCCAAGCUUUACCCCAGGCCGCGCUCCCAGGGUCCACGUUGAAGGUGGAGGGAAGGAGAUGGGGGUGCAGCCUGGUCCUGGGUAAGGGUGUGAGGAACGCAAGGAAAGCCCCUGGUUGAUCUGGGCCCAGCCUCCCUCCUUGCCAAUGCCCACAGGGGCUUACAGUCCUUAGCAGGCGCUCGAAUAAGAGCAGGUGAAAUUUGGCUCUCCCGCAUUCCUGUCAAUCACUGGGGACUCGGUGAAUGUGGACAUGUUGACAAACAGAUGGCUCUCUGCCGAAGGGUCUCCAUGUACUGCGGCCCCACUAGGCUCAGUGGGCGGUGCCCGCCUCGCGCCAUCGGGCUCCAGCCUAAUCAGCCCCUUGCAGGACCCGGCGGCGCUGGGGAACGCCCUGGGCGGGGCCAACGUGGGGGCGGGUCCCGCAGGCACGAGGAGGCGGGGUCGGCGACGCCGCGGUCUCUGGUCGGAGCGCGGAGAGUUCGGCUGCAAGCGGCGCGUGCAUGCUGGAAGUUCGCAUCCCGUCGGUGGGGCCCGAGGCCGAGGGGACCCGGCAGAGCCCCGAGAAAGGCCACAUGGUGUUCCGAGUGGAGGUGCUGUACCACGGGCGCAGACACACCGUGCAGAGGCGCUACAGCGAGUUCCACGCGCUGCACAAACGGAUCAAGAAACUGUCCAAAGUGCCCGACUUCCCCUCGAAACGCCUGCCCAACUGGAGGACCAGAGGACUGGAGCAGCGGCGGCAGAGCUUGGAGGCCUAUAUCCAGGGCAUCCUAUACUUGAACCAGGAUGUGCCCAAGGAACUACUGGAAUUCCUGAGUCUUCGCCACUUGCCCAUAGUCCCCAAGGCCAGCAGCUGGGGCGCCCUGGGGGAGUUCCUGCCCGGCAACAGCAGCUCACAGCUGUACCACCGGCCUGUUAUCAGCUUCUGCAUGGAUCCUUAUAUUUGCAUCCCAUCCCCAGAGCCUCUGCCCAACGUGGUGGUGAACGGUGUGCUCCAGGGCCUCUAUAGCUUCAGCGCCAGCACAGCUAAAGCCCAGCCUGAGGCUGCCUGUCACCCUGCUCCAGUGCCACCGAUGCCCUGACCAGUCCAGAGGGCUUUAGGCCACCUGCCAGGACAGUCAUGGACCUCAGUCCUCUGAAAGGGACAUGGGCUGGGUCAGCCUUGGCCUGGACCCCGGACUCACCACCCUCCACCCCUCCAGGCUCAGAACUCAGCUGCACUGGUAUCUGAGGUGGUAGGAUCCUGCAGUCCUAGAGCCCAGGGGCCAGGGUGGGGACAACAGAGGAUAGGGAAUAAAGGGAGAAUUCCUUUAGAAUGUUCAUAGCCCACCAGUUUGGAGGUGGGCUAUGAAAAGGUACAGGUGUAUUCCUUUACCUGUCAGGAGAAAGGCGUGGCGGGGACAUGCAAAGGUUGAGGCACAGUGGCUAGCCAAGUUCAGAAGCAAGGGGCAAAAACUCCUGCUUGACAUUUUGUGCGUAGCACAUUUUUCUGUGAAUGUCCAGAUCUGUUUCCCCCUGCCCUCCCAGACUUGUGUGGCCAGUUGGAAAUGUCUGGUUUGUGUUCA